AUGGGUCCUGGAGACGCACUCGGGCUGGAGGAAGAUGGUCCAGAUGCCAGAGCAGGCCGAGGGGAGGAGGCCGGGGGGAGGAGGCCGGGGGGAGGAGGCCGAGAGGAGGCGGCCGAGGGGAGGAGGCCAGGGGGAGGAGGCCGAGGGGAGGAGGCCGAGAGAGGAGGAGGCCGAGGGGAGGAGGCCGAGAGGAGGAGGCCGAGGGGAGGAGGCCGAGGGGAGGAGGCCGAGGGGAGGAGGCCGAGGGGAGGAGGCAGAGAGGAGGAGGCCGAGGGGAGGAGGCCGAGGGGAGGAGGCCGAGGGGAGGAGGCCGAGAGGAGGCGGCCGAGGGGAGGAGGCCGAGAGGAGGCGGCCGAGGGGAGGAGGCCGAGGGGGGAGGCCUGGAUGAGGAGGUGGCAGGGUGGGGUUGGCAGGGUGGGGUUGGCAGGGUGGGGUUGGCAGGGUGGGUGGGGUUCGGCAGGGUGGGGUUGGCAGGGUGGGUGGGGUUGGCAGGGUGGGGUUGGCUGGGUGGGGUUGGCAGGGUGGGUGGGGUUGGCAGGGUGGGUGGGGUUGGCAGGGUGGGGUUGGCUGGGUGGGUGGGGUUGGCAGGGUGGGGUUGGCUGGGUGGGUGGGGUUGGCAGGGUGGGGUUGGCUGGGUGGGGUUGGCAGGGUGGGUGGGGUUGGCAGGGUGGGUGGGGUUGGCAGGAUCUUCUCUCCUCGCUCGGCUCCAGAGUCUGUGGUUCAGAGUCUGUGGUUCAGAGUCUGUGGUUCAGAGUCUGUGGUUCAGAGUCUGUGGUUCAGAGUCUGUGGUUCAGAGUCUGUGGUUCAGAGUCUGUGGUUCAGAGUCUGUGGUUCAGAGUCUGUGGUUCAGAGUCUGUGGUUCAGAGUCUGUGGUUCAGAGUCUGUGGUUCAGAGUCUGUGGUUCAGAGUCUGUGGUUCAGAGUCUGUGGUUCAGAGUCUGUGGUUCUGAGUCUGUGGUUCAGAGUCUGUGGUUCAGAGUCUGUGGUUCUGAGUCUGUGGUUCAGAGUCUGUGGUUCAGAGUCUGUGGUUCAGAGUCUGUGGUUCUGA